CUACACCACAGAGGCACCAAUCACUCAAUAGUUUUGGUUAUUAGUCCAUUGACUGCUUUAAUGAAGGACCAGGUUCAGUCACUAAAGGACCAUGGUAUCAGGGCUGGUCAUAUAGACAGUGACUCAGCUAUCGACAUUAAAGAAAUGGCACAUAGUGGUGCCUAUAAUAUAUUGUUCAUGAGUCCAGAGAUGCUGGUUGGUAAGGGUAAGGAAAUUGUGAGAAAUGAUGUAUUCAAGAAGAAUCUAGUUGGUUUGAUGAUAGAUGAAGCUCACUGUGUUGUAAAAUGGGGUAAAAGUUUCCGUGAUUCCUUUUUACAGAUCAGGGAGGUGAGAAGCAUAUUGUCAUCAAAAAUAAAUAUCAUGUCACUAACUGCAACAGCAACUUUACAACUUAGAAUAGAGGUGCAAAAGCUGUUGGGGAUUGUGAGAUAAUAUUGUGUAUAGUUAUUGUUAUUAUUAGUUAUGUGAUGUUAAUGUCCUGUGUGGUUUCUUAUUAUUAUAAUUUCCUGUAUGCAUGUUUAUAAGUAUGUGUGUUCUGUCUGGACUCUUGUUCACUUGUUCUACUCUCCCGAUGUUCUCUUUCUCUCUUCCUGCUCAUUUAUUACAUUGUAUUGUGUUGAGUUCAUUGAUACUUAUUAUAAACGUUA